UUCCUUAUUGUUGGUGGCAGCUAUGGCAACCAAGUAGCUAGCCUAGCGCGUUAGCAGAUGUUUGAAAAUGGGUCGGUUGACUCCUCAAAAGAAGAAGCCUUUUUCGGUUAGAACGAAUCAAAAAUCUAUGAAAUGCACCGUGCGCGUGAGAAUACAAGCUAUAACUUGUCCCGGAGUGGUGCUGCCCUGCAGCGAGGACGUCUACCUGAGUGUUUGUGUGAUGGGCCAGUACCGGAAGACAGGCUGCCUGCCUCCCGCCUUCCCCCUUCUAUUCCAUCACAGCAUGGAAUUCGUCAAGACCUUCUCUGGAGCAUUAGAUCCCAGUGACAUAGCAGACCUACUGGAAGCUGACAUCACAACCUUUGAGCUGAUUCAACUCCUCCCUCCAGAGGGUGAGGUCCUGGCCACUGUAGAAGCAAACACGAGAGAGUUCCUGUACCCAGGACCCAGACUGACGUGGCAAGCAGAUGCUCCUGAGAGAGAGAUUCUGAUGAAGAGAUCCAUCACUUUCCCGGGAAUCUCCCCCAAAGUGGAGUUUACUACCACGUCCGUCAUCCAGGAGUCUGAUGGGAGAGAUAUCAAGCUCGCCUCGCCUCCCUGCAGUCCUGCCCCGGCAACGCCCACCCCACCUCCGUCUCCGGGCCAACGGGGUUCCUCCCGCGCAGUGGCUGAUGGGAGCUGUAGUCCCAGCGGGUACCAGCGGCCCACGGUGGCGUCUCGGAGCCGCGCCCUGUCUCCAUACACCCACCGUAGGAUGUGCCAGCUGUCCUGGGACGCGGUCCAGAGGCUGGCUCACCUCCGCCUGGGCCCACACCACUUCCGGAAGGAGACCGACACCCACACGCCCUUCCUGGUGCCCCGUUCCCUCAGCUCCUCCAUGGUAGAGUCUCCCUCACCUCGUCUCACCACGCCCAGACACACACGCAGUCUGCACUCCAGCCUCUCUCCAGGCCGCACCACCCAACACACAGACUCCUCCCUCUUGGGCUCCUAUAGGCCAAAGUCUGGAAGGAAGUCCUCCAAACAGGAAGUUCCCAAAACACCCUUGAGAGGAGCCCCGCCUCCGCCAGCCCUGUCCACCCCUGGCUCCGCCCCCGGGAGACCCCAGGCCCUCAGUGGCUCCUCCCUCAGAGAGAGGUUCCAGAACAGUCCGUCCAGCCCCUGGGAGGAGAUCCACAGACGAGUCCAGAACAUUCUGCGGACGCACCAAUCACACAGGAAGCUCAGCUUUGAUGGUGAGGAGGAGGACGCACACAGCUCCACAGCUCCUCCAGGAGAGAUGUCGAGGCCCCUGGAUGAUGGACCCUCCUGGAGUGGCCAAGUGACCCACUGCAGAGGCACACCACCCAGAGCCGUGUUUGAGCAGAGCCUGGGGAACAUCUACCACGACAUGUACCAGCAGGCCUCAAGCUCCACAUGAGGGAGGGAGGGAUGGAGGGUCUGGUUGGAGGUCAGAGGUGAAGGUGGAUGAGAUGAGAGGUGGGUGUGUGUGUGUAAGACAGAGAGAGAUGAUUGGGGGAUGUAUUUACGGUGCACCUGUGAUGGGUGGGAACACGCCUCCUACUGAAGGACUACUAACCACCCUGGCCUUGUACUGAAGGAGCCAGGAGUGACAAGGUUAUUUGUAUUGCUGGAUGUCAAUGAAUGGGGGGAAAAUGCAUUCAAGAGAUGUAAGCAUAAAGACUUAACUAUUAGUGUUAAUUGACCAUGUAUUAUUGAUAGUUCACUAAUCAGUCUUAACAUUUGUAUUUUUGUACCAGUGAUUAUUUUUGUCUCUCAAUCAUUAAAAAACAAUUCUACCA